AUGAUGCUAUAUGGAAGUUCUCGUCUAAACACAUUUAUUCCUCUUUUCAAUAAACAGAUUAGUGGGCUAUCUAGGUGUUACUAUUCAGCUUAUACUUUGGAAAAGUACAGUCUUUCAAACAUUAAAGAAGUUUUAUAUAGCACAACAAAAGGAUCUCGUAGUAAUGACAAUAAUAACGCAUCAGACAUGAUAUCAUUAACAACAAAUGUUGUUGGUGAAAAUCAUAAUAAUAUUAAUAAUAGUAAUAAUAAUAAUAAUAAUUAUAAUAAUAAUAAUAAUAAUAAUCAAUCAUUAAAUGGUCGUCUUUCACCUAUCAACAAAUAUUCACUAGCCAACAUUAGAGAAGAGUUGCAUACGAAUAACAAUAACUUUUCAUCUUUUCCUUCCCCUUUGAAUAAUACUGCCGCUACUACUACUAUCACUACUACAAAUGAUAACAUAUCAAAGGAACUAGAUCUAGUUUAUAGGAAGAUGGAAACUAAUCCAAUCAAGUAUCCAUCUCAUUAUGCAAUAGAAAAUCGUAAACCUACUAUAUGUGUUGGUUUAUCGGGUGGUGUCGACUCUGCCAUCGUUUCAUAUCUACUUGGAAAGCAAGAUUUUAAAGUAAAGUGUGUAUAUAUCAAGAGUUGGGAUGAAAAGGAUGAACUGGGAUAUUGCUCUGGAGAGCGGGAUUACAAAGAUGCAUGCGACAUUGCACAAUCACUUGGAGUUACACUGUUUCAUAGAGACUUUACAAAAGAAUAUUGGAAUAGAGUAUUUCAUUCUUUCUUGAAAGAUUAUCAACAAGGUUAUACUCCCAAUCCCGAUGUAUUUUGCAAUAGAGAGAUUAAAUUUGAUGUAUUUACAGAACACGCAAAACAAUUGGGUGCUGAUAUGAUAGCAACUGGUCAUUAUGCAACUAUACUUCAUAAUCAACAACAACCUCAACAUCAACACCAACAACAACAACAAAACAAUAAUAUUAUAUUAAAAAGAGGAAAAGAUAGAAACAAAGAUCAAUCAUAUUUUUUAUGUAUGACUGAAGGACACAAACUUGCUGAAGCAAUAUUUCCUCUGGGAGAAUACUUAAAAAAUGAUGUCAUUGCAAUGGCAAACAAAAUUGGAUUCAACAAUAUAACAUCAAAGAGAUCUAGUAGAGGUAUUUGUUUUGUUGGAAAGAGACCUUUACCAGAGUUUUUGGAACAAUAUAUACCAUUGGUUCGUGGAGCCUUUGUUGAUGACAAAGGAAGUAUAAUCGGAGAACAUAAAGGUGCAGUGUGUUAUACUAUCGGUCAAAAAGCAAAUAUAUCUGGAAGACAAGAAAGAUACUUUAUCUACAAGGUAGAUGUUAUCAAUAAUCAAGUACAUGUCUGUCCAGAAUCAGUGUCUGAUCAAUAUUUACUAUCAAAUGCUUGUGUCAUCUCUCAUUUAAAUUGGAUCAAUGGCACCCCCUUGGCUCUUCAAUCUGGGUUACCAAUCAGAGCAAUGUGUCAAAUAAGAUAUAGAGCUGAUUUAACAGAAUGUUUAAUUGAACCUAUAAAUCAUAAUCAACAACAUAGUCUACAACAACAACAACAACAACAACAACAACAGAGUCAACAACAACAAUACCGCGUAACAUUUGUAGGAAAACAAGAGAGAGCUGCAACACCAGGCCAGAUUGUUUGUAUAUAUGAAUUAGAAAGUGAUAUUUGCCUUGGAGGAGGUGUUGUACAACAUGUAGAAACUAUAAAUGGUACUAUUUUAUCUCCUUCAAAGAAAUAA